CUAUUGUGCAGGUUCGCGUUGUCAAGGUAGGCUUUUAGAAAUUUAUCGACACAAAGGUCAUCUUCCUUGCAGAACUAUUUUAUUUAUUCAUACGCUUCUACUGGAACACCAUUCAUCAUAUCUGCUUGUGUGUAAAAUUCAUGUAUGGUACCUGGGUAGGAGACAGUAAAUUGGGUUUGUAACAUUGCACAGUUAGUAUUUGACCCUUCUUUUUCCAUUAUGAUCAAUCAAUAUGUGACCUAUUUGUCAUACUCAACUAUUUAUGGCAUCCAGUUCUUUUACUAGGAAACUACAUUUUUGGAGGCAUGCAUAGAGAAUAAUACAAAAUCUAAUCUCUAUAUGGACCAAGUCGACUUCGAGCCUGCUCAAAAUUGGGUUGCUACCGUACUAAGACCAGAUGAUCAUCAUUUGGAGGAUAAUUUAUUAGUGAGAGAGUUAUUCAAGCCUCCAGUUAUCAUAAGAUCCGGAGGAGGUGUUCAUAAUUUUCUCUACCAAUUAAGAUUAUCACCAGAAGGAUCUCAUUUGCUGAAAGUUGAGGGAAGCAAUGUCCUGGGCAAACUUCAGAUCACAUGGCGCACAAACUUGGGUGAACCAGGGCGUCUCCAGACACAAAAUAUUCUUGGGAGUCCUAUUGUUCACAAAGACAUAGAGUUGGGAGCAGUGGAGGUUCCACCUGUCAUCAUAUUUGAGAAACCUUUCUUGGUACGUUUCAACCUCACAAAUCAGACAGACCGGAUAUUGGGUCCUUUUGAAGUUCAGAUGUCUCAAAGUGAAUCACUAGAUGAAAAACCUGUGAUGGUUAAUGGUCUUCAAACAACGUUUUUGCCACAUGUAGAACCAUUUAACUCUUCAGAGUUUCAUCUGGAUUUGAUUGCUGUGAAACAAGGGAUACAAAAAAUUACAGGCAUAACGAUAUUUGACAAGCAUGAGAAGAAGACUUAUGAUUCUUUAUUUGAACUGGAGAUAUUUGUGUACGCAGAAUAAGACUCAGGAAGCUUUGGCCUUACGAAAACCACAUACCGUGCUUUAGUGCUCUGUUUGGAAGAUCAUAUUCCCAUUCAAAGAAGGACAUGGUCAGAUAUUGGUUGGGAAAAUUUAAGGUGGAGAUUUUCAUAUGAACGCAUUUGGCCUCUCUGGUCUUGGUCCAAUCUAGGAUUAAGGAUCACAUGUUUAAUCCUAUAUCUUGCACGGAUUCUUCAAAUAACUGUCAUUUUCCAUCCUCGGAACGUUCCCAAUUUCCCCAUUCCCAACCCCAUCCCCGUCCCCGUGCAACUUAGGUGUAAUCCUGUUUUUGGUCUUGGGAUAAAUUUCUCAAUAUAUUCUUCUUCUUUGACCCUCAUUCAUUAGUGACGUUGGAAUUGGAUUAGUUGAUGCCAUUAAUCAGAGGAAAAAAAGAUCCAUGGUUGUCAUUUUGCCUUGUCCUUUGAAGGAUUUUUUAUAUAAAAAAAAGUGUAUCCUAUCUAGAACAAUGUGUAUACUCAGGGAAAUUCCUCGUAAAUAUGGGCUGGCGUCAUUUCAAUCCUGUUCAAAUCCGAUUCCCACAACCUAAUCUGUUG